AUGUCUGCUACAUUUACAUGCCGACCAUUGCACACCUUAUCUCAUACACAUGAAUUUGUGCCUCCUUCCUCUCCUACUCGGUUUCAUCACCGGCUCGUUGUCGCAUCAAAAUACCACAUCGCUGUAGCGCUAGCAAAGAAUCAUGAGCUUGUCGCUUUCCGAAGCUCCGUGCUACAUCAGCCAACAAGCGGAAUUGUGGGUGAUGCUAAGGUUCAGACCAAAAUCACAUCUUUAGAUUCGAAGACCGACAUCGUAAGUAUAGGAUUGAAUGCUGAUGAAACUUUGCUUGGGGUGUUUGGUCAUACACCUCAAGGCUGCUUCGUCUAUAUAUUUGACAUUUUGACGCUGUCUGUUGACGUUACAGGCGAGGCCUUUCCCAUAUCAACUGUUCGUAUCGGUAACUCGGCAUCUAAAGGGCUUGCGUUUGAAUGGAAUCCAGCCGUAGCAGAUAUGUUUGCUGCUUCAGACAGUGAGAGGACGUUGAGUGUGGUCAAAAUUGAUCUACAGAAUUCGUCAAAGUACACAAUGGUUGGUGAGAAGAAGUUGGAGGGAAACAUCAGCGAGAUCUCGUGGAGUCCUAAAGGGAAGCAGCUGGUAGUUGGCGAUGUGCGCGGCAAGAUCUAUCAAUUGAAACCAGAGCUCGAGCUCGUUCGCACAACGAAUGCCCCCGAAAACGCUGGAAGUGUGGUGGUGAUCAAUUUGAGUUGGCUUUCUACUACAGAUUGGUUAGUCGCCUAUUCAAACGCUGAAAUGACAACUACUGCUGUUUUCAUGCUGAGCAUCAAAAAGGAUAAGCCACCGUCAUGGAGUCCUCUGAACUUCCCACCUCAGUCCUCCCUAGGAGUAACAAGAAGGCUCUUGGUGGACUGGAACAUUGCUUUAGUCCUAUCUCCAAGCUCACCAGAUCUGGUAGCUAUAUGCAAGCUUGCGAACAGCAAUGCUUGGAUCAGCACAAGUAUAGCAACCCUACCCCAACCGUCUAAUGCAAAAUUCGCGAUCGGAGUUGCGGUGGACCUUUCAAACCAGAAUAUGGUCACCAUAGGUGACGGAUCUUCACGUCGCCUACCAGUAGUGGUGGUGUUGUAUAGUGACGGAUCAGCGCUUUCGCUUCAACUUGCGCCGCCUUCGAAAGACUAUCCUGAUUGUAAUGUGUUGCCUGCUGCUGUGGACGUUACGCAGAGCUCGCUAACUGCUGGUGGACUGUCUCUGGGUGCAGCAGUUCCUGCUCAGAAGCCACCCUCAGGAGCCAUGUUUACUGGAUUUCAGGUGAUAAACGAUACUGUUGUUCAGGUGACUGACUCCGCUGAAGCUGCCAAAAAGGCUCUUGCCGUGGCUCGAGCGUCAGCCAUAAAAUCGAUUGAAACUUUCAGUAGUGAUUGGCACGAUUUUCAUGAACUACUGCACUCGUUUCGCAUUAAUAUGCAGAAAGUCGAGGAUAGUGUCAACGAAGCGGUGAGCUCUCUAAGUCACUCGGAUAAUUUGGAGACCGUUGAAGAGAUCCGACAAAUGGUGAUAGAAUUGGAUGAUGAAAUGCAAGAUAUUCUGGCAAUGUUAGCAGGUACUAACACAGCUUCUAUGUCAGCAUCCACUCCAACUGCAUUUAAAUUUACUACGGGUCUAGGUAAUACUGGAGGAUCAUUAUUUGCCGAAAAGCAAUCUUCGAUGAUGCAAAAGAAGAGAAGGAGAGCCAAGGAUACAUCACUCACUAAAUUUGGUGCUAGUCCACUGGUGACGAAGCCGCUUUUUGGUGGUUUAUCCACUGCGGCUGUCGCUACCACUGCGUCUACUACACCGCUAGCGUCAAAAUCUCUGUUUGCAACAUCCACUAAGCCGCUUAGCACCAUCUUCAAAUCUCUAAUACCAUAUUCGGUGGAGCUGGGAUCAUCCAACAAUGAAAAGAAAGAUGAGAAACCGCUGUCAAUUUUCGGAACUAAGGAGCCUUCAGCGUCUGUGAACGAGGAAAAGAAGGAAGAGAAGCAGACAUCUCUGUUUUGGACUACAGCUGCCGCUGGGCAGGAAAAGAAGGACGAAAAGCCGUCGUCGCUAUUUGGAGGCCUUGGAUCUCUCAAUGUUGAAAAGAAGGAGGAGAAGCCGUCAUCUCUCUUCGGUGGCUUAGGAGCAGCAGGAUCCACCACAGAAAAGAAAGAUGAAAAACCGACAUCAUUAUUCGGAGGCUUAGGCUCCAGCGGGGAGAAGAAAGAGGAGAAGACUUCUUCAUUGUUUGGUGGAGGAUCGACAACUCUACAAUCUGAAAAGAAGGAGGAGACCCAAUCAUCCAUCUUUGGAGGGAGUACUCUUUCUGCGGCUGCUGAGAAAAAGGAAGGACAAACCGUCCUCAUUAUUUGGUGGCUUGAGUUACACAAAGCUCGCCAAAAUCAAUCUUUCGGGAAGGAGGUGAAAGCUUCAGAUUCCGAGCAAUCAUCGAAGCCUUCAGAGCCCGCAGUCAUACAGGAUGCAAGUAAAACCAGUGGAGGGAGCAUUUUCGCGUCGUCAGCCGGCCAAGCUGAAGCAAAAAUUGAACAAGGUCCCGCAAGCAGUCAGGCCAGCGGUUUCGGUAGCAUUUUUGGUGGGAAACCUCUUGGAACAGCUGGAGCGGUAACUACAUCAAGUCCUCCUGCCGCAGUGACGUUUUCAUUCAAACCAAAAACUGCCACUGAAAGUCAACCGGCUGCCACUAGCUCUACCUACAGUUUUGGCGCUAAACCUUUCGGUUUCGCAGCAGCAGCGGCUUCAGCAGCAGCCACCGCUGAUACUGAUGAGGGAAUGGAUGAUGACGGUGUUGCUGGGGGUACAUCUCAGGCUACUAGCAGUAUUUUUGGCGGAGGUUUUAUGAGUGGAAUCGGCUCAAGUGCAAGUAGUAAUGCAAAUAAGAACGUGUUCGGAAUGGGUAGUAGCAGUUUGUUGAAGACAGCUGCAAAACAGGAGACAAGCUCUAUUUUCUCCAAACCACAAACCUCGGUAUUUUUUGAACCAAAACUGCCCUUCUAUUUCUUCAAGUACGUAUAUCUUGAAAAUUGCUUUGAUCAGGUGUUCGGCUCCAAUGCUCAGCCCUCGUCAUUCGCUUCGGCAGCACAAAAAGCUGCUCAGUCAUCUUCGCCUAUGUCAUCUUCUGUAUUUGGCGCUGCCCCGAAAUUUGGCGGUCCACCAGUGUUUGGAGGAAAGCCGGUAUUUGGAUCUCCUACCCAGCAGCCUUCGACUGCCUUUGGUGGAGCAGCUGCGACUAGUGGAGGAUUUUCAGCGUUUUCUGGCAACAAGAAUUUGUUCGGAGGAGUGGCUUCUAGCGGUGGUAGCUCAUUAUUUGGAGGUGGAAUGUCGAAUCAAACUCAACAAAAACCGAGCUCAUUGUUUGGAGGAGGGCAGCAGGCUAGCUCCUUCAGCACUUGGCGCUGA